AAAAAUUAUCUGCUGAAAAGUUUUUGGAAGUAACAACUUGCAUAAAAACAAAGAUUUCUGUCAUUGCUGUGAGGUUCUUUACAGUUAUAUGAUGAACAUUAAUACUUGAUAUCUCCAGGAACCCAUUUAAGACAGGGAGCAAAGACCUACCCUGAUUAUAAAGAUGGCGCUGAAUCCCCCUGUGAAGCUGAAAUGGCUCGAGCACCUGAAUACACAAUGGGUGAUAGAGGAUUACUUGUAUCAAAUAAGGAGGUGAUAACAAUGCCACAGCCUGUAGUUCCACUCAAGGGACCUUUAUUGCCCGACUUUGAACAGGAGGUGCCCUCUAUAGAAGAGCAAGAGCAUUAUCUAGAUGGCAUGCUCAGCAGUCAACUUGGACUGGCAAGAUCUGUGUGUUCAGAGUCCCCCUUUGCUGCAAUUCUUCAAAAACGCCUUGUGGUAUUACAGCGAAUAUUUUACGCUGUAGUCAAUAAAUAUCAUGAUAAAGAAAAGCUUAGGCACAAGCAGAAACUAGCGGACAACUCGCUCAAUCUAGAGGAGGGUCAAAACAACAGUGGUUCAAUGCGCACUGGUACCGAUGCUCUCGUUGAAAUGGGAGUGAGAACUGGGUUGAGUUUGCUAUUUUCCCUGUUGCGGCAGAACUGGAUCCAAACUAAACAAAUGGGUGGCAUAAAUCUAUGUAAUGAUGUUUUGCAAACAGCCUGUGAUGUCAUCCAUACCCUUCCUCCAUUGUCUUUAUCUAAUGAAAGCAAAAUUCCACACCUUGGACUUGAUACAUUGAACCAGAUCACCUCCUUUUUGAAGAGCUCCACACUUCCAAAUUCAACAGCUGAUAUCGCUGGGAGAACAUUAAGUUCCGAGUUGCUGCUGGCAAUAUAUACACAAAGAGGAUCAUUGAGGUACCUUUUAGAAUGGAUAGAGAUGGCUCUCUCAGCUUCUAUACCAUUUAAAGAUGUUACCACUGGAUCAAUCAGACAAGUUUAUUUUAACCAAAUACUCCAUCAAAUCAAAGAAACUUCGAGCUGUCAGAAGAGUAGCAAUGUUCAGUCCUCGCUAAGUGUAGACUCUGAAGGCCAAACACCUCUAUACCAGGCUGCUGUGUGUCUUAUGGAGGAGGUUUGUCACCUGGCCUCUGAUUAUUCAAAGAGUUGCUCAAGUAAUCCUGAGGAAAAUAGAAACAACAACAGCAGCACCCCAGGGCCUGGUGAAGCCACUGUCAACAGUAACAACCCACCCAAUAACUCAGAUUGCUAUGUAUGGGGGAGUAACAGUAGUCAUCAGCUAGCUGAAGGCAGCCAGGAGAAAAUCCUUGCCCCUAAGCUUGCACCUAGUUUUGUUGGUGUCGAACAGAUGGAAGCAGGACAAUACUGCAGUUUUACUAUAACAUCAGAUGGAUCUGUUAUGGCCUGUGGAAAAGGGAGUUAUGGUCGUCUAGGUCUCGGAGACUCUAACAAUCAGACACUACCUAAGAAGAUCAACUUUGGUAUUAAUGCCCCCAUAAAGAAGCUGUCCUCAUCCAAAGGCUCUGAUGGACACACUCUUGCCCUUACCACAGAGGGGGAGAUAUAUAGCUGGGGAGAUGGUGAUUAUGGCAAACUUGGCCAUGGCAAUAGCUCAACACAGAAAUACCCCAAACUCAUACAAGGAGCUCUGGCAGGGAAAGUGGUGAAAACUAUGUCUGCUGGUUACAGACACAGUGCUGCUGUCACUGUAGAUGGGGAACUGUACACAUGGGGAGAGGGAGACUAUGGGAGACUAGGACAUGGGGAUAGUAACAGUAAAAACCUCCCUUGUAUGCUGAAGGAUAUGACCAAUGUUGGCCAGGUAGCAUGUGGAAGCGCCCAUACACUCGCUGUGUGCAAAGAUUCACGUACAGUCUGGUCCUUCGGUGGUGGAGACAAUGGUAAACUUGGCCAUGGGGAUACCACCAGAGUGUACAAGCCUAAGGUCAUUGAGGCUCUCACUGGACUCUAUAUACGUAAGGUGGCCUGUACUGGACAGUCAUCACUAGCUCUCACUUCAACUGGUCAGGUCUACUCUUGGGGACAUGGAGCAUGUCUAGGUAUAGGGUCAGCAGAUGCCACAUCGCUGAGGCCCCGGCUCAUAGAGGAUCUACAGUGCACUAGGGUGGUAGAUAUUGCCUGUGGGGAGGGGCAUUGUCUUGCCCUAACUCAUGAAAAUGCUGUUUAUGCAUGGGGAACCAAUGCAAUGGGACAAUGUGGCCAGGGGCACUCCCAGAGCCCUAUUACCAGGCCACGUAAAGUGCCUGGCCUUGAAGGAGUUAGUGUGCAGCAGAUCUCUGCAGGGACUUCACACAGCCUUGCCUGGACUGCCUUACCAACUGACAGGCAAGUGAUAUCAUGGCAUAAACCAUUUUGUGUGGACCUACAGGAGGAGACCUUUAGUCUACUAAGGGGAUUCCUAGAGAGGUAUUGUCAAGGAUUUGACAGUCAAGUGCCCCCAUCACCAUUCCCUACGCAAUUAGAACACAUGAACUUUGUCUUGUUGUGUUUGAGACUGCUAUGUACACACCUAUCUCUAGCUAUGGUGGGAGGAGUUGGGAGCACAGUGCUAGGCAAUCAGGCUCAACCUUUCAGGAACCUUCUGUUCCGCCUUAUGGACACCAACACACCAGACUCCAUACAGCAGGCUGUAAGUGAGACUCUGUCAGUUGGUGCCUCCUUGUUGCUACCACCCCUUAGACAGAGAAUGGAGCUACUACAUGAUCUCUUACCUCAGGGACCUGACAGAUGGGACAGUCUAUCUCGGGGGCAGCGGAUGCAGUUGAGUAUAAUCCUGACCAGCUUACAGGAUAACAGUCACGUGGCAUCACUGCUGGGACUUGGCCACACACAGGAGACACAGGAAUCCUUCCCUGAAACCUAUCUGGCAGAGGUCCUUAUGAAAACCAUCCUAAGGAACCUUGGCUUUCAUUCAGAGCAGUUAUUCAAUGAGAUAGAGAAGAACAGUGACAAGGGGCAGGAUUGGGGGUCACUGUGUGAUGGUGCACCCCCCAGUCACCUUCAUGAGCUCUUGGCCUCACUGCAGAAACACCUUCUAGCAUACUGCCAUGUUAAUAGCGCAGAUGAUGAACUGGUGUUGCCAGCUGUAACUUUGCUCCACCAACAUUUAUCUUUGCUAUUACCCUUGGCUGGCGAGACACUGAAGAGAUGUAUAGAUCUGAUCACAUCUAGCACAAGGGCAGUCACUGUCCGUGAUAGGAUCAAAAAGAUUCUGUUCAAGUCGCCAGCAGGUGCCAUGUUAUCACAUACCCUCCAUGCAUUACUAUUAUUACCUGUACACUACAUACGCCCAUUGCUCUAUGAACUGCUCUCGUUAUUGCCAUAUAUGGACAAGUUGAAUCGCUUAUUACCUGCAGCUAGCAUCUUGGAGGAACAGGAGCUAGAAUGGCCAGUACACAAUAUCCCUGAGUGUAUUGACCCAGCUUCUCUUCCCUUGCCCUCACCCACAAAAUCCUGGGUAUGGUUGGUUGAUAUGGAGCGUGCUACCAGCUUGCUGAUUGGUCGUUGCCUUGGUGGUAUGCUUAUUGGUUCUGUUAUGUCACAUGAAGAGAGAGAAACAAAUCUUUGGUUGAACACUCAUCUCUUCAGUAAUGGCUUGGAGGGUACAACUACAGAAUUAGAAAAGUCAGUAUCUGAGCUGGUGAGUAGUGCUAUGUCUCGUCAAGAUGAGAGUGAAAUGUAUGAAGUGAACUUCAAGCUGCCACCUGGUGAGAAGAUCCUAUUGGACAUUGCUAUGGGUUGUAUAACAGAGCCAGGUGAUGGAGUGCUCAAUGAUAUGCAGGAGUAUGCAAAAUGCAGAGAUUGGGACACAUGCGAUGUAACUGAUGACCCCCUGUUGGAGACUGUCUCUAGAUUCUUACUGGCUGCUUUACUGAAACACUGUGGCUUGCUGGCAGUAGUCAAACAGGGACUAGAAUGUUACACUAACAAGAACCUCGUUGAAGUAUACAGGUGUGUAUAUAAGGUGCGACGUCGCCUCAUCACAUCAAAAGGUGAUGUUUCUGAGGUGAGACCUACAUCACCAUCACAACAAGGCAGGCUGCAAGAGAGCAGAGGAGUUGCUGAAGGGAGGAGAGAAAAUGUGGAGGAGAGAAGAGGAGAUGCAGAGGAGAGGAGAGAGGAUACUGAUACAAGGAGUAGAGAAAGUGAUACAGAUGAAAGUGAUGAAGAAGUGACAGAGAGCCCCGAACCUGUGCAAUGUGAAGAUGUCUAUGAAGUCAAGUGCAAGUCCAUUAUACGUAGAUGUGUCUUUCUACUGCUUGGAGUCAAGUCAGCAUUUUCUGCUGAGCAUGAUGAUGAUCCCAUGAUUAAUCAAGUGAACAGUAACGAUGAUGUCACACAUAUGUUGCCAAGACAACAGAGAUCUGAGGAUCUGGCGAAUCGGACCACACAGUCAAUGACCCCUGACCAGAGCCCCAAGUUUAAAAGGAAAAGAAGCGGUAGGUUGGAUCCACAACGACUGAGUGGCAGCCACCCAGAAAUGAACUCGGUAGGGGCCUCACAGUCUGAGGAUCUCCAUUCACAUAGGAAACAUACCCUGGCCUCUAGAGGUCCUCAUCAAGAGCCACAUCAAGGUGAACACUCAGGGAGUCAGUCUUUACAAUCAGUGAAAGAAACUCUACGUCGACUGAGAUGGAAGACCCAACGUCAUACCCAUGCACAUCAUAUAAAGCGCACUUCAAGCCAGACCUCCAUUACCAAACAACUAGCUGUAGAAGUAAUGAAUUAUGUCACGGACGAUGGGAGCUCACUACUCCCCCUGGUGGCAGAUGAAGAACCAGGAAUGGUGACAGAGCCAUCUAUGGUGGCAACUGCAAUGGAGCACCAACAGACAAGGGCAGAUUCAAGGCUUGAAGCAUUAAGCCAAAUCUUAGAGAUGUUGUCAUUCGAUGAAGGAAAAUCAGAAUCCAUAACGGUAGAUGAAAGUGUGGAUGUACUCAAUGAGAGUACACAUGCACCUAAUGAUAGUACAAAUGUACUGGGUGAGAGUACACAUGGACCUGGCCCACUGCUGCUGAACUCAGUGCAUCUACAGUUCCUAGCAGGGUGUUUUGGUCUAGGUGUGCUGAACUCUGAUGCCUUUGCUGAUGCACAGACUCACCAUUAUCAGGACGGUAUUCGUGCCGCCAACUGGCGCACACAGAGGGAGACUCAACUCGUGGUACACAGGAGCUAUGAACACUUGGUAGCUGCUCUAGAGCUCAGGCAUAAAUCUACUACACUUGGGAAAGGAACAAGAGAAAGACUCCUACUGGUGAACAUAUUUGCCUUGAGUGUCAAGUACCAAGCUAUGGACAUUUCUCUGGCAGUGUCAUCUCGCAUGCUGCCUAUAUUAUCUAGUCUAUGUGACAGUAGUGUAGCUGGGCCAGUAGGGCCACACGGUGCAGUACCAGAAGGGGAGACUACACACAUGUCAACCAUGUUACACACAGCCAGUCUGAGGCUGUUACAGACUCUUGCCAUUACUGCAGGGGUUUAUGCAGACAAACUGAGUAGCGGUGUUCUCCACAAUCUGGUUGACCUGCUAUGGGAACAGCUCAACAAGCUGCUAUCAAGUCUGAACAUGUCAACGCAGCAGGCCAAGUCUGACAGCUCAACACCUGAGGCUCAGCUUGACCUCAAGGAUAAAGAGGAAAUUGAAGAAAUCAUUGAAGUUAAAGAUAUCAGCAGCAUCAACAACAGUGCCACUGAGUCUGCUCUUGGCGACUUCAUUGUAUUUCUACGUCGUGUUGCUUCAUCUAAGAUCAUCCAGUCAAAGAUGGCCCAGCGGAAGUGGACAGAUUUAUUGCUGACCAUCACAGGGGUGAAGCUCUCUUCUAAUAGCCAAUCAGUGAUGGGUUUGAGGACGAGGCUAUGUGCGAUACAACUUUUGCAGACAAUACUGCCAUCUAUUGAUACAUCUAGUCAGAAAACAGAAAGACAAAAUGUUGUAGAUCUGUUAUUCAGCCACCUUUCAGACAGUAUGUGGAAGACACCAGAACUGAUAGCCACAUACAAAGCUAAAGAGACACAUAAAAAACUCCAGUGCCAACUUGCCAAAUACAGUAAAGGCUCCCCAGAUUCUGGAGAAGGGCAAGAUGGUAAAGAUUCUGAGAAGCUGGCCUCUCAGGAAGCUUCAUUUGAUCCUGACAGGCUCUUGAACUGUAAUGUAGAGAACAGCUAUACACUGGUCCAUGGCACAGGGGGUAGGGGCUAUGGUCUUGGCAGCACUGCCAUAUCAUCUGGGUGCUACCAGUGGAAGUUUUUGAUUGUGAAAGAGAACCGUGGCAAUGAGGGUACAUGUGUAGGGGUGUCUAAAUGGCCAGUGGGUGACUACAGUCAUAGAACAACUGCCGACAUGUGGUUAUACAGGGCAUAUAGUGGUAACCUGUACCAUAAUGGAGAACAGAGUUUAGCCCUAGGGGGUUUUACACAGGGAGACUAUGUCACAUGUGUACUGGAUAUGGACACCAGGACAAUAGCAUUUGGCAAGAAUGGAGAGGAGCCAAAGGUAGCAUUUGAGGAUGUGGACGCCACAGAACUCUAUCCCUGUGUCAUGUUCUACAGUAGCAACCCUGGGGAGAAGGUAAAGAUCACAGAUAUGCAAGUUAAAGGUAUUUCAAGGGACCUCCUUCCUGGGGACCCCUUGUUAGCACCAUCAUCCACAGUGAUGGUGGAGUCAUUUGUACACCUCAUACGCUCACUACAUAGGAAAGAAGAAUGGACUUCAUACAUCAAUACUGCCAUUCUAGAAAGGCUCCAGAAUGUAGGCAAACUUGCUAAGUUCCUCAUAGAUCAUGAAAACCCAACAUUCCCCAGUGAAACUGAUGCAGAGUCUAUUAUUAAAGAAAAAGAGGAUGGUGUUACUGCAGGUGCCCAGAAAGAUGUUGAUGUUAACAGUGAGGAGAUCAAGUUGGAAGAUCUGGAUGGGAAAGAUGUCCUACUGGAAGCUACAUGUUCCAAACCUAAUCUUAGAGAUCUGUGCAGCCAGGUGUGGCCUACAUUAGCAGUAAUAGGUGGUGUUGACCGAGGCCUUAGGGUUGGUGGAACAUGUAUCCACAAGCCAAGCUCACGACGUGCUACUGUCCUAGGUGUACUGAAAGAGGGCGCUGUCUGUGCUAAGGUUCAAUGGGACGACAAUGAGGCUGCUGUGAGUGAUGCUCCAAUCUCUACUCUGCUCCCUGUAGACCCAUUGCCCUUUGCUGCCUCCAAACUAACAGGGCUAACUGCCAAUAUGCUACAAGACCUCAUGAAACUUACAUUUAUAACUGAAGAAAAACAAACACAGAGCAAUAAGCAGCCAAAAUCAGACACGAAAUCUGAUGUCAAAGAUGCAAAAGAUGAGGCUUCGAGUUUAGAAAAGAGUCUCGAUGCAGACAUUGCUGCUGCAUUAGGGGAGGAAAUUCCUCAGACUGUAGAUCAUAAUGCUGAUAAGAAAAUAGAUCGAGCUAGUUCUCCCUUAAAUCUUACUUCCACAACAUCCCAACAGGAGUCCACAACGACAUCCCAGCAACCCAUUAUGACAUCACAAUCACAGCUAGCGACGCCUAGUGUACAUAGUGCAAUGUCAUUGCAAUCAAGUAUGAAUAGUGAGCCCUCUCUAGGGUCUAGUAUGAACAGUAACAUGUCACUAGAUGCAAGUGGGAACAGCAUGGACAGUAUGUUUUCUGUAGGAAGUACGGAGACCAGGCAGAUCUCCCAGGGGAUACAAGAUCAACUAGAGGGAAUUUUUGACCAGGUGGAGGCAGAAGUGCAAACAGUCCAGUGUCUUACCAGCCAAAUGGUCUCAGAUAUCAUCACUUCUGGCAUGGAAACAGCUUCUUCCCAGCUUCAUCAAGACCAUAUCACUACAUCUGAUCAACCAAUCACAUCUACCAUAUUUGAAAGUAGUUCCGGUGAACAUACCCCAGUAAUUGGCUCCCAGUCUGAACCCACUCUUGCCUCUACUGCUAAAAUCAUUAAAGAUACUGUGAAAAAGGAAGCUACUGAAAAGAAAACUAAAGCUAAAAAUAUGAAAGAAUCAUUCCGAGGUGCUCAAAAUAAAUCAUUCGAUAAAGGCAAGCAAGUACCAGAAAUGGACUCAUUUUGUGUAACAGCUUUAAAACUGAGUGGCCUUAAAUGCAUCUCUACCAUAAUGAGUUGCAGUAAAUAUGCUGAAAUGCUUCUUGUUCCUAAAUCAUCAUUGACCAAUCAAAGUAAACUUGAUGAAGCAGUUUCUGAUGGAGUGUCUGCAUCAGCCAAUGAGCUUAAAGAUACACUGAAGGGUAUCAUGAAACAGUUAGUAGUGCAUGCAGUGCUGCCAUCUCCCAUAAAGAGUAUAGUGACUGCUGCAGAGAUAGAAAGAGCACACAGUGUUCUGCAUAACUUGUUAUUAAAGGCCAGUGCUGAGGAAAACAUGGAGCUACAUACUAUCAGAGACAAAUUGGAAGAACUAUAUAUGCAGCAUAAACCUACAAGCAGUGCAAGUAACACAUCCAAUGAAGUCUCAAAAACUGAGUCGGCAAUGUCACUUGAGGAACUCACCAGAGGGCAGCAAGAGCGCAACCAACCAGUUUUAGAUAUGGAACAACGACGCUUGGAACGACCUCAAUGUUUGUUGGAGGAUGAUUUUGAGCUACCACGGCGUAGGCGUCACCAGAGAGAAUCUAUAUUACACCAUCUUAUUCCUCCGGUCCCUCAGAUUAGACACGCUGGUGUCAGCAGGAAUGAGGCUGCAGCACGUAGGUUUCUCUCCCUGUUCAAUAGAGACAGGAUGUCACGUAGCACCAGCCCCAUGGCCUCCACCCCUACCCAAGCCGAGGCUGAGCCCAGCCAAAAGGCAGCGAAGCCACCAGUUGCCCCAAGACCGAUCAGGGCUAUAUCCCCAGAGAGACCCCCACCCCCAGUUGCUGGACCUCUCCUAGAGAUGGGCUUCACACUGAAACAGGUGCAGAGGGCCAUUGAGGCUACAGGUAACUCUGGGGAAAUUCGAGCUGCCUCAAUCAACAACUUGGCCACAUGGAUGUUGGAGAACCCUUCUGAGGAACCAGAGUUGGCUGAGGAGGAGGUUGUCAGUGAAUCAAUCACCCCUCAGAGCCCAGAUGAGGCUGCCCUUUAUCCCAGGAUAGACAGAAUGGACCAUACCAUGUUAGAUCGAGAAAGACCUGAGCAGCCAGAAACCAUGGUGAAUCCAGAGGAGGCAGAGUUCAGAGAGUCUGAGAUGAUCACCAGGUUACAGGAGACAAGCAACAGACCCCCUAGCAGACGUGGUGAAAGGUUCCGUCUUGGCGACAUACGCAACUUUGUCAGUGUUGGGAGACCAAGUCUUGGGUUUAACACACGAAAUGAGGAGAUUCGAGAUAGAGGCUCAGACCAGCGUGGUGAGGCACGCCCUCUAUAUGAUGACCUCAUUGACCUUGAAGAUGACCUCCUGGAUGAUGUUGGCAUGGAAGAGGACAUAUUUGGUGUGGAUCCUCCAGAGAGAGAAAUGGUUGGAUUAUUUGAUCCAUAUUGGCCAGAUAUGGAAGAGGAUCGUCUCGUUGCAUGUGACUUAUGCCAGACCCAUACAUCCAACUUUAACCGCCAUAUGAGGCUGAAUCACCCUGGGUGCGGGGGAAGCAGUGGGAAGCAGGGAUACAGAAGCAAUGGGUCUUAUGUGGAUGGAUGGUUUGGAGGAGCAUGUGGCACAGGCAAUCCCUAUUAUUUGCUGUGUAGUGAAUGUAGAGAGAAAUACCUGUGUAAGAACAAGAAGCCACAGAGGUUUUCAUCUGAUAUUGACGGUGGGGAUAGAUCUGACCCUAGGAUGAUGUCAUAUGCUCCAGAUCUUCUUGGAGGAGAUGUUUGUAACUCAGAUGAGACUGACUUCCUACCAGUUGACAUGGAGAGUAAAUCGCAGGGGGACUUCCAAUGUUUUGACGCUAUUAUGACAACACUGGGUCUGAGUGAGCGUAAACCAAUCCCUGAUGCUGUUACUUUCCAGGAAUCUGAUCCCCUAGGGUCAAACAUGGUCAAUUAUGACAACUCUGAUGAUAUUGUAACCACCUUGGGUGGGGCCAACAAGCGAUUGAGAGAUUCUAAAAGGCGUCUCCUUGGUGAGCAAGCAAUGUUACUACAGACACCAUUUGAUCGUUUAGUUGGUCUGAAGCGCAGUACAGCCUCAAUGCAGAUACUCCUGGCUAGAACUAUUGUGAUGAAAAUCAUCUCUCUAAUGGCUGUUAGUGGAUCAACAUGCAGCCUGUCAGCAGGAUUGGAAUCUAUAGGCCUCUCAGACAUCCGGAUCAUUGUGCGACUAAUGUGUCUCUGUUCAUCUGGGAGAAUUGAAGUGCCACCUAUAAACCAUUUCUCAUCAGAAGAUAGCCAUUUUGAAAAUGCUGGAUCUAUGGGAAAUAGUUUGACUUAUCUGUGCACUGCCAUUGGAUCGCUGGUCCAGGAUAAUUAUGCCGCGUCCCAGCUGCUGGUCAAACUUUGCACACAGGAGUUGAUGUCGGCAGCCAUGGGAGUAAACAUGUCAGCAAUAGAUGAUCCCAAGGUGAAGAAACGACCCAGCAAGCAGGCUGACUUAGGAGAUUCAACAUUGGCCACUCCUAGCUUCACUGUUACCAAAGCCCUGGUCAGUUUAUUAGCUAAGAAUGGCACUGGGAGACAGCUUGGCCAGCGUAAUGGACAGGAUCUUCUAAAAAAUCUGCAUUCGCCAAGUUCAGCCACAGCAAAAGAGAUGACUCCUGUAGGCCCCCUUCACUUGGCUAACUCCCUAGCUGCCUGUGUGAUGUCAUGUCGUCUCUUGCCCUCACACAGACAGUGGGCAGCCCAACAGCUAGUACGCACCCUGGCAGCUCAGGCCAAGAACAGCACAUCAAUCAGCAGUAUACAGGUGGAUCUAUCAGGAGACAUGCCUGAGUGUGCAGUCUCAAAACUUGAGGCUCACCAGAACAGAAUGGCUGGGUGUACAUAUAACAACAAGAAAAAUCUCUUAGCUACAAGCGCCCAUGAUGGCACGAUACGCAUCUGGUCCCUCCCUAACAGAACUCACCAGUUUCUUCAGCAGACGUGUGUCUUCAAUAAGGGACAGAAUUCUGGGGCUGAAGACCUAGAUGGCCUCCUAUUGGCUAAUGUUAUGUGGAACUCCUCUGGAAAACUUAUCUGUGGAUCAAUAGAUAACAUGGUCAAUAUCUGGGCUUUGGCAGGUGGUCGAGGUCACUUAGAUAUUCAGCCUCACUAUGUGACAGCCCUUGCUUGGCCUCAAAACAAAGGGAUGUUUGAAGGCAGAAUGGGUCUUUCUACAGACAGUCUCCUAGUGGGGAGACUAGAUGGCUCAGUGGCUAUUAUAGAGGUCCUAGAUAAUACAUCCUUUACAAGGCAUGAACUGGAACACUGUAGUAGACCAGAUGUGUCUGUCUGCCAUAUUGCAUGGUUUGACGAGGAUAAGAAGUUUGCUAUUGGAUUCUCUGAUGGUAUUCUGUGCCUCAGCAACAAGUCUGCAUUCGGAGAACCACAGAUGAUAGAUGCUCAUGAGCAUUCAAUCACAUGUCUACAAUGGGACAGUACAGGUUAUCUACUGGGCACAUGUGCUACAGAAGAUGUGUUAAAGAUCUGGGGUAGCAGAGAACAGGUGUGGUACUGCCUCCACAAGAUACAACACCCAGGCCAGGUGACUGUUAUGGAGUGGUGCAAUGUACUGGGAAAGAUGGAUGAUGCGCUUAUUAUGCUAGCCAGUGGUUGCACAGAUGGUAGGGUACAUGUUUGGACUAUUCCACAGCCAGGGGCUCAUGUGUCUACCCCCCAGUCUCUCAUGUCUACAAGAGACACCUCACCCAUUAGUGAGACAAGCCAGAUCCACACACAGGACACCAACUCCCCAAGGAGUGGCACUAGUCCAAGUCCAGCUUCCACCCCCGAAGCCUCAGUGCAAUAUAGGAACAUCUGUGUCUUACUUGGUCACAUGACCCCCAUUACCAGCCUUAAGUUCAGCCCUAAUGCCCUGCUACUGGCCACUGGCUGUACCAAAGGGUGGACCAAUAUAUUCUCACUUCAGGAAAGUGCCUUACUGCAAACUGUGACAGGUGAUGGAGGAGUCCAGAGUCUGUGUUGGUAUGGUGACCAUGGUCUAGCAGCAUGCUACAGUAGAUCUAAGGAUGUGAUGGUUAUUCACUACAGUCCUGACAUCUAUAGUAGGUAUAAAGUACUAGCUUUGUGCAGGAAGUCACUUAAACUGCAAGGAAUUGUAGGAUUAAGCCAAGCGUCUUGUCUUAAGAACUUACUCCAUCGUCUCCCACUCAUACUAAUGGAACAAUAUCUCUAUGAAAAGAGUCUUGUUCACAGUGGGGACCAACUGACACACAGCAGCUAUCUGCAAUGCCUGGCCUCUCUCACUGUAGGCCUACGCUUAGAUGAGGUUCUCUGCUUUAUGCCCUGUCCGCCUCAUAUGAAAGCUCAGGAUGUGUCCCAGUCUAUGAUAUCAGAAUGGAUGUGGUUAUACAACUAUUGUAGUGCCAUAAAGGCAUCAGAUGCUAUAUACAGGAAGAGAACAUUCCCCAGUGCAUUCAUCAAUGCUGUCACGGGAUCUGAUGGAGUGAAGAAAUCUGAUGUGAUUGCUUUGGACAACACCAAGUGGGACUGGAACCAUGAUGAACAAAUAAUGAGCUGGGCAACACAAAGACCAGAGGACUGGCAGCUUGGUGGCAAGUGUGAUGCCUUCCUUUGGGGAGGAGGGAGACAUGGUCAGUUAUGUGAACUUGGACGUAAUGCUGUGGUUCCAACCCGGGCUGCUUCUUUCUCUUCUGCUCAACAGAUUAUAUGUGGCCAGAACUGCACAUUUGUGAUCCAGUCAAAUGGGAGUGUGCUAGGAUGUGGGGAGGGCAGUUAUGGCAGGCUAGGGCAAGGCAACUCAGAUGACCUCCACUCUCUAACCAUUGUCUCAGCCCUUCAAGGGUUUAUCGUGACUCAGCUAGUGACAUCUGUUGGCUCAGAUGGCCACAGCCUCGCUUUGACAGAAAGCGGGGAGGUGUUCAGCUGGGGGGACGGGGACUAUGGUAAGCUGGGACACGGCAACAGUGACCGUCAGAGACGUCCAAGACAAAUCGAAGCUUUACAAGGAGAGGACAUUAUACAUCUUGCUUGUGGGUUCAAGCACAGUGCAGUAGUAUCAGCAGAUGGCAAGCUGUAUACCUUUGGUAAUGGUGAUUAUGGUAGACUUGGCCUGGGGUCUACAUCCAACAAGAAAGUGCCUGAGAGGGUCACAGGCCUUGAAUCGUAUCAGAUUAGAAUGGUUGCCUGUGGUCUCAACCACACUCUGUGUGUGUCCACAGAUGGGAACACAGUCUGGUCAUUCGGGGAUGGUGAUUAUAGCAAACUGGGGCAUGGUAACUCCACAUCUAAAGCUAUGCCAACCAAGAUUGAGAGCUUGAGUGGUAUUGGGAUUAAAAAAGUAGCAUGUGGUACACAGUUCAGUGUAGCUUUGACUAAAGAUGGAAGGGUGCUCACUUGGGGACAAGAUCGACUGAUUGGGCAGACUGAGCCAUCUGCUCAUAACUUCAGUCGGCCCCAGGAGGUGGCAGCACUGUCUGGUUAUUUCAUAGAGGACAUUGCAGUGGGCUCUGAACACACCCUGGCCCUAACCAGCUCUGGAGAUGUAUGGGCUUGGGGCAGUAAUGGUGAUGGUCAGCUUGGCCUCUCCCAUACAGGUGCUGUGAGGGAACCCACUCUUAUCCCCAGCCUCUCCGGAGAGAAUGUGCGUCAGAUCAGUGCUGGGAGGACCCACUCUGCAGCCUGGAGUGCACCUCCCUUACCAAACAGAUCCAGGGUGUCCUCAGCCUGGUCCCAGCUAGGCACACCCUCAGAGAUCCCUGCCCAGUAUUCCCACCUCCAAAGCUGUAACAUUGAGGCAAUAAAAUCAAGGCUUCGUGUGUUGCAUCAUUUCUCUGAUCUCAUCUACUCAUCUUGGAGGCUUCUGAAUCUCGCACCCAAUCAAGAUGAUCUCCUAAUGAAAAAUUCAGGCACUGAGGGGUUGAUUAACGGACGGAUACGCAAUAUCUUAGCACCACGGGUUUACACAUUGGCCAUGGUGAGGUCAAUAGGAAAGACAAUGGUGCAGGGGAAGAACUAUGGUCCCCAGAUUACAGUCAAGAGGCUCUCUACAAGGGGAAAGAAAUGCAAGCCAAUAUUUACUCAGAUUGCGCGACAGGUUGUGAAGUUGAAGCCUGCAGAGCUGCGACUCCCAGCUAGAGCCUGGAAGGUGAAGCUUAUAGGAGAGGGGGCCGAUGACGCAGGGGGAGUCUUUGAUGAUACUAUCACUGAAAUGUGUCAGGAGUUAGAGACUGGAGUAGUGCCAUUGCUGAUUCCUACUCCCAAUGGACAGAAUGAGACUGGCUACAACAGAGACAGGUUUAUACUAAACCCUGCAAUGACAUCAGAUGAGCAUCUGUCCAUGUUAAAGUUCCUAGGGAUCCUAUUUGCUGUUGCUAUAAGAACUAAGAAACCUCUACAUCUGCACCUUGCCCCAGUAGUCUGGAAACAACUGGCUGGAAUGCCACUUAACAAGGAGGAUUUGGAGGAGGUGGACCUCCUGUACAUCCAAAGCUUACAAGGCAUCAAUGACAUCCACCUGAGUGGGAUAAAUGAGUGCAGUUUCAAUGAGAUGAUCCCACUUGACACAUUUGAGGGCCACAGUGCAGAUGGAAGGACCAUACCUAUUGUGCCCGGAGGGAACAGUAUCCCACUGACCUUCAGUAAUAGACAUGUUUAUGUUGAGAGAGCCAUCUAUUGUCGAGCCCAUGAAACAGAUUUGCAGGUUGCUGCUAUAAGGGAGGGUAUGGCAUGUGUUAUUCCAGUGCCUCUGUUAUCUCUUCUCACUGCUAGGUAUUUAGAACAGCUGGUCUGUGGCAUACCUGAGAUACAAACACACAUACUCAAGAAAGUUGUCAGAUACCGUGAGGUGGAUGAGGGCCACCCAUUGAUACAGUGGUUCUGGGAGAAUCUAGAGGCAUUCACCUCAGAGGAGAAGGUUCUCUUCAUGCGCUUUGUUUCUGGGAGAUCUCGCCUUCCUGUCAACCCAUCAGAUAUAGCCCAGAGAUUCCAGAUCAUGAGAGUUGAUAAGGCAAUAGACAGUCUCCCUACAUCACAGACCUGCUUCUUCCAGCUCCGUCUCCCUCCAUAUUCCAGUAAAUCCAAGAUGGCUGACCGUAUGCGCUAUGCCAUCAAUAACUGCCGCUCAAUUGACAUGGACAAUUAUAUGCUUACAAGGAACAUUGAGACAGGAGUUGAAUCUGAUGAUGAAUACUUGCCAUAAAUAUGAUCAACUUGUAUCAUCAAACUCUUGUAUCAUCAAACACUUGUAUCUAUGAACACCACCUUUAUCAAGCUAGACAUAAAUAUUAUUUCAAAAUUUCUCCAUAGUAUAAUCGAAUCAGUUUCUAUACUGAACAACUUUCAAGAUAUAUCUGGUAAAU